GAACUCUUGUGGUGAGCGGACGUGUUCUCGAUUGGUCUACCGUUGGUGCCGCCGGCGUACUUACUUGUACUUGUUGUUAAGUGCGCGUCUUCGUACUCGUACCGCGCUAUUGUAUUGCUCACGUUUGUUUAGAUCUCCUUGUGCGGGCGCCAGACAGCAUUUUAGAUGGUGGGCGCACAGAAGACUUUCACUCCCGAUUCUCUUCCACUCCAAGCCCUCUUCUCGGUCUCCCCUCUCCCACUCUCCCCCGACCAGUGCCCCAAAAGAUGUCUGACACUAUUUCACCCCAAGAAGGAAUCCAUCCUCUAAUCCAAGCCACCAAUCACCCAGAAAGGAAUAACGCAGUGGACCACGACCCCCAGCGAGCGGUUAAGGAAAAAGAGCAGGUAAAGGAAAAAGAGCAUAUCGCAUUCGAGGCCUACAUCACUGCACCCCUGAAGAUCGUUGAGCCCUUCGAAAAGUGCCAGGUGGAAAAGGAGGAGGGCGACAAGGAGAAGGAGGAGGACAGUCCAACUAAGUCGGUCGAGAUCGAGGGCACCACUGCCAGCAAAAAGUCGGUCAGCUUCAAUCCCAACGACGAGGAGAUCCGCAAGUUUACUACUGGCGAGCCGAUUGUCGACCAGAUAAAUCCCUUCCGCAAUGGUAGCGUGGCCACUGGUCACAACAAGAAGACGCCUCCUCCGGUGCCAACAAAGCGAUCGACUUUGAGUGUGCGGAAAACUGUGACCCAGCAGAUGAGGGAACGGGAACGAGAAAAAGAAAAAGAAAAGGAAAAGGCAAGGGAGCAGCAGAAGAACGAUUCCAACAAUCGCAGAAACAGGGCGUGCUGGGUGUCCCAGUCCCAGCAGGCCGAUGAUUAUGUGACCACCGAGGAGGUGCUCAAGCAGUCCAAGUACGUGAAGACAUAUAUAAAGAACCCGGACGCCGUCUUCGUCUACGAUCCCACGGUGCUGGCGCGGCUGAAGUUCGAGGAGUUGCAGGAGUUGACGAGUAAGCAGCCCAAGCGGAAGCAGCCCCCCAAGGAGCCAAGGAACCAGGGCAACAAGCUACCCCGCCACCAACCCCAGAAGCAUCUGGAGCAGCCAACCUUUAAGAAGUGCUCCAAGCCCAACUACCCAGAGCUGGCCAACCUGAAGAUCCGCACCGGCACCCACUCUGAUCCCGAGAUCAGCAGUGCCCUGCUCAAUCCCGCCGAGGUGACCAAGAACGCGCGCAAGUUCGACGAGCGGGUGAAGAAGCUACAAAUCACCUCGGACGACGACCUGGACGAGAUCGAUGGACCGCUGACAAAGAGCGAGUCAAGCGACGAACUGGUCACCAGCUCAUCCGUGCCCCCAAGUCCCCUGAAGCCUGCUAUGAGUGGAAAUGCAGUUGAGCCUUCGCUGGGCACCUUUACCAACACCGUUAGUUCUGAUGAGUUCCAGGCCUACCUGGACCGCAAGGGCCUGGCACUCAUGCCCCGCCGGGAGAUGGCCUCUCCCUCGACGGCCGGGUCCUCGCCACAAGUGAGAAGUGGCAAUGCCACCGCCGAGGAGCGCCGCCAGCAGGUGGCCGAGUCUCUGGCCGCGCUCCGAAAGAGCAACACCAAGAAACUGUCUGUGCUGCAGAGGCUCUCAAACAGCCUCUUUCCGGCCCGGAGGAAGACCACGCCUAAAUUGGAGGGCCCCUUGCCACGUCGCCUCUUUCACGAAAAUGAGGAGAAGGAGGAGCAGAUACACCGCAAGGACGAGCCAACCGAGAUCCGACGCAUUCUGCUGGAGCGCCAGAACCAGGUGGCCCAGGAGCAGACUCCGGUCAGAGUUGCCACUCAGCAGAGAUCCACUCUGGAGCGACGUGGACUCAGCCCCAGGAGGAAGUGGCCUGAGGCACAGCUGGGCCGUAUCAGCCGCUCCACCUCGGUGGAUCGCAGCCAGUUCCUCGAACAAUCGAUACCCGCCAGUCCGGUGGCCACUUCGACACCUGUGCGUGGCCAGAACCAGUGGGACCACCUGCGGGCCAUCAAGGAGGUGACGGACCGCCAGCUCUACCACAAGCUGCACCAGCAGCAGCAACUCCAGGUGAGGCAGAGUAAGGGCGAAGACAUCUACUCCCAAGUGGUAGUCCAGCCGGAGCAGAUCGGAUUCGUGCGCGGCUCGCUGCAGCGCAACACCUUCUCCGGAGUCACCAGUGGUCGCCACAAUCGGCAAAUGGUGGUUCUGAACGACACCCCAAUGAGGCUCGUGCAGCCGCCACGCUGCCAGAGCGUGAUGGACAACCUGGUGCCGGGUGGUGGGCAGCAACCUGGAAUGCACCACGCCAACGGGACUCCUACGCCAGUCGUAAUGCGGCAAAGGGUCGAGCACGGACAGGCACGAAGGAUCGGGGGACUCCUCACCCGCGAGGAGAUCCUUGAGAAGGUCAAGGAGUUCUGCCGCAAGAGCAUCACCAAAACCCCGCUGCCGGAGUCUAAGGCCCAGAUGCAGAUGCAGCCCUUCUACAAGCGACACCUCACGCCCCCGAACGCCGAUGUCUCGCCCGUGUCUUACGCCUCCGUGGACGACCAGUGUGCCCGUCCGCAAGUGCCGCACCGGGUCCAGAGCCUACCCGUCUCCCAGGGGAACUAUAUACCAGGGGGCAAUGCCCUAGGCGGAGCCUCGCCCAUCUACGCUCACGUCAGCAAGCGGAACAGCCUGCUUUCCAACGUCUCCGAGCAGUACUUGUCCAGCCAGCAGCUCGGCACCCUGACCAGGCCCGUACCCCUCAAUCAACUGGUGCUGGUGGACACGGGCGCUGGUGUCCAGGUGGCCCAGCUGGUGGACUAUCUGCCCUACGUGCGCCCGGCUCCAGUCCAGGCCCAGAGCUACUUGAUGCAGGACGGCCGGGCCACGCCUCUCAUCCUGGACCACUCGGCCCAGCAGGCCAGCCAAAUCUACUGGACGCCACAGCACCGCCAGCGGAUCUCCCACCCAAUACAGACACCACGUUUCAUCAAGACUAUGCCCUCAUCCAGGAACAGCACCAUGAGCCGCCACUUGGAGGGCAAUGGGAACGGGAACGCCUCCGACUGAUUACUCAGCUCGGAGGCUGGCGAGGUGCGGAGGAUCACGGAGAAACAAUUAUAA